AUGCCGCGCCUGGUCAUCUAUGAGACUGAGAUGAGCGACAUGGUGUCAGAAGUGGCAUGUCUAAAGGACAUGAAAUUAGAGGUGGCAUGGCUAAAACUGCGUUACCCAUCACCUCUUGGUGGUUCUGAACAUGCCUCUAGUCCAGUUCCAGCAAAUGGUCCUCCUUCAGGCCCCACAAUACCAUCUGGCCCAGGAGGCGUUCCACUUGAUGGCCCUGACGCACAAGCACUGGGACAGCAGAAUCGUGGUCCAACUCCUUUCAACCAGAACCAGCUUCAUCAAUUGCGGGCUCAGAUUAUGGCAUAUAAAAUGCUAGCUCGAGGACAGCCUUUACCAGACUACCUGCAGUUGGCAGUGCAGGGAAAGAAGCCCAUGCCCGGAAUGCAGCAACCAAUGUCUAAUCUACCUCCACCCUCUGUACCUGGGCCAGGGCCUGUUCAAGGACCAGGUCCAGGCCCUGGUCCUGGCCCAGGACCAGUACCAGUACCAGCACCUAUGAACUACACUCGACCUCAUGGUGUAGGAGGGCCUAAUAUGCCCCCUCCUGGACCCGCUGGAGUUCCUCCAGGAAUGCCAGGCCAGUCUCCUGGUGGACCUCCGAAACCUUGGAAUGAAGGACCAAUGGCAAAUGCUGCAGCCCCAACUAGUGCACCUCAGAAACUAAUUCCUCCUCAGACUACUGGGCGCCCUUCUCCAGCACCUCCAGUGGUACCUCCAGCUGCCUCUCCCGUGAUGCCACCCCAGACCCAGUCGCCUGGUCAGCCAGCACAGCCUGCUCCCAUGGUACAGCUUCAUCAGAAGCAAAACCGAAUCACCCCAGUUCAGAAACCUAGAGGCCUUGAUCCUGUUGAAAUUUUACAGGAACGCGAGUACAGGCAUAGAACUAGACACCGUUCUCAUGAGGGCGUUUCUACCACAGGAAAGAAUCACAGUCCUACAAUAACAAGUUCAGGCCUUGCUCCCCCUGAGAAGAGCAAAGACAAGAUGGGUCCUCCAACUAUUGGGGACAGUGGCUGCGACAAUUAUCUACGCCAAGAAGUUGUAGUAUGUAUGAGAAGAGACACUGCACUGGAGACUGCACUGAAUGCAAAGGCAUAUAAACGCAGCAAACGACAGUCUCUUCGUGAGGCACGAAUUACAGAGAAACUAGAGAAACAGCAAAAAAUUGAACAAGAACGGAAACGUCGACAGAAACACCAAGAAUACCUCAACAGUAUCCUUCAACAUGCCAAGGAUUUCAAAGAGUAUCACAGAUCGGUCACUGGCAAAAUUCAGAAACUCACAAAAGCUGUGGCAACUUACCAUGCUAAUACUGAGCGGGAGCAGAAGAAAGAGAAUGAACGAAUUGAGAAGGAAAGAAUGAGGAGGCUGAUGGCUGAAGAUGAGGAAGGUUACCGUAAACUUAUCGAUCAGAAAAAGGACAAGCGCCUGGCCUACCUCUUGCAACAGACGGACGAAUAUGUGGCUAAUCUUACUGAACUGGUCCAGCAGCAUAAGGCAGCACAAGCUGCCAAGGAGAAGAAGAAGAAAAAGAAAAAGAAGAAAGUGGAAAAUGUAGAACAGCCAUGUCCAUCUAUUGGUCCCGAUGGUGAACCUCUAGAUGAAACCAGCCAAAUGAGUGACCUGCCAGUAAAAGUCAUCCAUGUUCAAAGCGGCACUAUCCUGAAAGGUGCAGAAGCACCCAAGGCUGGCCAGUUGGACACUUGGCUAGAAAUGAACCCUGGUUAUGAAGUUGCUCCACGGUCUGACAGUGAGGAAAGUGGCACAGAUGAGGAAGAUGAGGUAUGUUAG